AAAAUCCCAAUAUGUGUAAAUUAAUUGGUAUACGUGAAAGUUAUAGCAUUUACAAAAUGGCAAUACAGAUACUGGAAAUUUUUUUUCAUACUAAUAAUGGCAGGGAUCAGCGACUUAUGGCGGGACUGCGGUGGCCAUUCUGACACUGGGGGGAACUGACUUGUUGUCACUGAGAUCCCCAGUGACACCAAUACAGUGAUUAGUGCUAAAAAAAAAAAGCACUGACACUGUACUAAUGGCACUGGGCAGGAAUGAGUUAGCAUAAAGGGC